AUGUCGGCCUCCGGUGGUAGCAGCAACAACGGCGGCAACAGCAAUGGCGGGAACAGGAGCUACCUUCAGUACGAGAGAUUGAUUUGCAACAAAUGUGGGAUGUAUUGCAAUUUUGGGAUCUCUGCAACCUAUAAAAAUCCUGGUCGACUGUAUCAUGAUUGCCCUAACCAUGGGUUUGUUGGGUGGGCUAUACCUAUUGGAACUGCUAAUGGGUUUGGGUUAAGCGAGGCAAGAAGACAUUGUGGACGGAUUGAGAGAAGCAGCGAAUUCAUUGGCAACGACGAUGGAGACGCUGGAUCCAAUGGUGGUAGUCGCCGCAAUUGUAACUGCAACUUCGUGAAUAACGCAAAUGUGUUGUUGAACCUAGCAAGUUUGUUUUGUAUUUUACUUGUUGUAAUGGUAUUAGUGACUAGGGAUUAG